AUGACGUCGAAACCUCUUAACCACACCAUCAGCCCCUUUAACUCACCAUCAGCCCCUUUAACUCACAAUCAGCCUCUUAACCUCACCAUCAGCCCCCUUACCUCACCAUCAGCCUCUGAACCUCACCAUCAGCCCCCUUACCUCACAAUCAGCCUCUUAACCUCACCAUCAGCCUCUGAACCUCACCAUCAGCCCCCUUACCUCACAAUCAGCCUCUUAACCUCACCAUCAGCCUCUGAACCUCACCAUCAGCCCCCUUACCUCACCAUCAGCCCCUUUAACUCACAAUCAGCCUCUGAACCUCACCAUCAGCAUCCUUACCUCACAAUCAGCCUCUUAACCUCGCCAUCAGCCCCUUUAACUCGCCAUCAGCCCCCUUACCUCACAAUCAGCCUCUUAACCUCGCCAUCAGCCCCUUUAACUCACCAUCAGCCUCUUAACCUCACAAUCAGCCUCUUUACCUUACCCCUCUUAACCUCACAAUCAGCCUCUUUAACUCACAACCAGCCUCCUAACCUCCUCAUCAGCCCCCUUACCUCACCAUCAGCCCCUUUAACUCACCAUCAGCCUCUUAACCUCGCCAUCAGCCCCUUUAACUCGCCAUCAGCCCCCUUACCUCACAAUCAGCCUCUUAACCACACCAUCAGCCCCUUUAACUCACCAUGA